AAAUAAAUGUGCACAUUUUAGAGACACAGAUCAAAGAAAUGAGGAGAUGAAGUCUAGGAAAUGCUAAGAACUUCAUCCAAGAAAACCUAUUUCAAGAUAGUCAAUCAUCCAGUAAAAGCUUAAUCUCGAUGUUAAGAGUGACUGCGACAAGCAGGCAGGCCGUAGAUUGCAUGCCUCCAGAAUCUUUAAAUACCACAUUGUUAUUUUGCAUUCUGAAUGCUAUAUUUUCUUCUUUCAUUACAGCAAAAGCCUAAUCUCAAUAUUGAGAGUGACUGGAAGAAGCAACCAGGCCAUAUAUUUGAAGUAAUGCUAUCCAGAAGUUUACAUAGAUAAAAUCCUUUGAGCCGAUUGGAGAAUAUAUCAUUUCUUCUAAGCAUUCCUGCAGAUAUUAUAAAUGUUUUUCUUUGUUUUAUGGCCCUGCACUUCUUCUCUUCAUGCUCUCUCUGUAGUGCAGAUUUUGGACCAAAUGUUUCUGUUUCCUUUUCAAUGAGGGGAUCUGAACUUAUGUAAUAGUCUUCAGGUUGGUAUUUGAGUUCUAAACCAUUAGGACGACACCCACUAGUGAUUUGCCACAGAAAUCCAUAUCCUGUGACAAUGUCUGUGUCUUCAAGUAAAUUGUCUAUUUGUUCUCUAGGAGGAGCUUUUCGUUCUUCCAUGUCAAAUGGAAGUGCCAUUGGUAAUGAAGUCCAAUUUGGUGGAGUAGUUUUCCCAAGUCAUUUUAAUCGAAUAAGGGAAGGAAUUAGAGAUAAGCAAUCGAAUAAGCUGUUUUCUAGCAAGGCAACAGAGUCCUACAGUUCCAACAGGAAAAAACCCUCUGCAUUUUCUGUAGGCAAGAAAUUUGACCUUGAAGAUGUCAUUGAAGCGCAACAAUUCAAUAGGGAAAUUUUAAGUGCAAUUUUUGAGGUGGCGGAACAAAUGGAGAAGAUUGAGAAAGAUCCAGCUGGAGGACAAAUUUUGCGAGGUUACUUGAUGGCUACUUUGUUUUAUGAGCCGUCGACAAGAACUAGACUUUCAUUUGAGUCUGCUAUGAAACGGCUCGGUGGAGAAGUUUUGACAACUGAAAAUGCUCGAGAAUUUUCUUCUGUGGCAAAAGGGGAGACUUUAGAAGAUACAAUAAGAACUGUGGAAGGAUACUCAGACAUUAUAGUUAUUCGGCAUUUUGAGAGUGGAGCUGCAAGGCAAGCUGCAACUGCCGCCAAAAUUCCUAUUAUAAAUGCAGGGGAUGGACCUGGUCAGCAUCCAACACAGGCAUUACUAGAUGUAUAUACGAUUCAAAGAGAAAUUGGGCGUCUGGAUGACAUAAAGGUUGGUCUUGUUGGGGAUCUUGCGAAUGGUCGAACUGUUAGAUCACUUGCAUAUUUGCUUGCCAAGUACAACAAAGUGAAGAUUUAUUUUGUAGCUCCAGAUGUAGUGAAAAUGAAGGAUGAUAUAAAGGACUAUCUCACUGCAAAGGGAAUUGACUGGGAAGAAUCUAGAGAUUUGAUGGAGGUGGCUUCCAAGUGUGAUGUUGUCUAUCAGACUAGGAUUCAGCGUGAACGUUUUGGUGAGAGAAUAGACUUGUAUAAUGAGGCUCGUGGAAAGUAUAUCAUUGAUAAGAAUGUAAUGAAUGCAUUACAGAACCAUGCUGUCAUCAUGCAUCCUCUUCCGAGGCUUGAUGAGAUAACUGUUGAUGUUGAUUCUGAUCCAAGAGCAGCAUAUUUUCGCCAAGCGAAGAAUGGACUUUAUAUUCGAAUGGCCCUAUUAAAGCUUUUGCUACUUGGGUGGUGAUAUAAUUCAAAUAUUUUCUGAUCUAACAUUAUGAAUGCCACAUGCUACAGCUUAUUAUCUACAGGUUGGCUUGGGAUUGAAGGAGUUAAUUACUGCCUUGGUGUUGUUCAGUAUUUGUAGUCAACAUAUUACAAUGUCUUUAUCUGUUUAUUACAAUCUCUGCUACACCUUAAAGUAGAUAAUGAGAUGUGAAAUUUUGUAACAUUUUUUAAUAAAGAGCAUGGAGUUGGCAUGCAAAAUAAAGCUGCCAGUAAUGUGAGAGAGUCAUGUGGUUGUUCAAACUGCAUAUAUCAAAUAAUUCUUUUCCCUUUUUGACGAGUGCUGUCGAGAGCUGUACUCAGCCUACUUAAGUGCUCAGCUAUUUUUUAGGAUAGGAUGGAGAUAUGCUUCAUUCAUUGAUUGUUGUAAAUUCUUGCAGAGAUUCUUCCUUUUCUUUAACAUUGAUUGUCUUUGGCAUCAGUCCUAUCUAUGUUGAAUUGUUGCUGAGAGCAUUUGCUUUCGCAAACAGUUGUGAAA